UUUACCUUUGGUUUUCACAAGUGUAGCAAAACCCAUUAAAUUGUAUGGGCCACAGGCCCAUCAAGAAACCCGUUCGUUGAAUUGCACGCACUUUACUAUCAACCGUAUACCCCUAUUAAGUAUGGUCGUUCGAUGCCAAUAAAACAAAAAAAAAAGUAUGGUCGUUCUUCUUCAUUGGCUUUAUUGGGGAUUGAUUUCUAGAAUACUACUGUGCUCCUCCUCAGGUGCAGCUACUCACUAAUUAGACUUUUACAAUAUGUUCCAAAACUCGUCUGUAUGAUUUCCACGACCAGUGGCAUUCUAGUUUUUUUCCUUUCUUUGGUAAUCAAAAAACUGUUUUGGAUAAACUUUUUAUAAUGACUAGAAAUUACCGUAAACAGUGUUCCAAAUCCAAGAAAAUCUCUUAGAAUUUUUUUGGAGAGUCAUAGUACCACCACGCUGACAGGAAAUCGAACAUGUGACCUCUGCCAGUCGUCUGUGAAAAGAAAGACCACCGGAAUACAAGCCCUUCUCAAAAUUAUAUUACUGGCAGUAGCAUUCUAGUUCUAGUUCGAUAACAACUUCGAAUUAUAUUGUGUAUUUUAACAUAUUACUGUAUAAUAAAGGUUAAAAAUACGUAGAUCAUGACUAGAUAAAUCAUUUGGAUUUCUUAUAUUCUGUAUAUAUGUAAUGUGAUCAAGAUGGACCAAUCCUGUUCUUGAAAUGGAUAACAGCCUAAAAGAAACUUAAAAUAAUUCUUUUUUUUUUUUGCGCAACAGAUAACUUGAUUAAUAAAGGAGGAGUAGUUUAGACUAUCUGGGCAUUACAGAUCUGGGCUUUGGCAAUCAAAUCCGCAGGCCCAUUUGAAGAACGAGAAAUGUAAGAAAAACGACAAACAGAAAAGAACGAGGAAAUCGAAUCGACGUCCGACAAGACGCCGUAGAGUUCUGUCGGUCUCCGUUUCGUGGUGAUCGCCGUGACAAGCGCUUAAGCAUCUGAUCGUAGCCAGAUUGAAGUGAAUCCAAGCGAGAGGCCAUGAAGCAAAGCGUCUCUUAUGGCCAGAGCCUCCGCAAGGAUAGGUGACGCAACAUGGUAGUGGGUCUUACCUCCUCUACCGAUCUCGCCUUCCGAGUUACUGAAAAUCCAUCCUGUUCCCGCCGCCGCCGAUCCCUCUUUCCAGGCUCCGUCCGUGUUGCAGAUGAUUGUCGUGGUUGGGAGGUUACCUGGCGAUGAGACAGCCGGGGGUUUCGCAAUUGAGAGGCCGGUGGGGUAUUGUGCAAGCUCCCAUUCUCGUGCGGCUUGUAGAGCUUUGGUUAAGAUCGCAGAAGAUGAAACUUGUCUGUUCUCGAAGAUACGUUGGUUACGGCUUAUCCACUUAAAAUAAUUCUAAAGCGUCGAAUGUGGUAGACACUUUUUUUUUGUUUUCUUUAUCAUAUGAAAUCUUAUCGAGCAUCUAAUCAGACCAAUAAGCAUUCUUGCUUUUCAUUCCUCUCAUUAGCUUAUCUUAUCAUUUCAUAGCCUCGAUCACAAUAAAAAUUUUAAUGAAUUUGACCAGUUUUAUCGGGUUAUCUCAAAUGCGGUUUUUGGUAAGACUCAGUCAGAAGUCAGAACUCAGAACCAAUUAGAAAAACGAAUUACGGCUACAACUAAAAAAAUAUUUUAUUAUAAUAAAGCUAAAAGAAUUCUAUAGGUGAUUUUGACCUCUAAAAUAUAUAAAAUAGUGAAAACUAGAAACACAUACCUCAUAUGCUUGUAGUUAAAGCCGGCUCUGUAUAUAGAUAACCUAGCCGAUAUGACCUCUAUCGUUCAAAUGUAUUGGAGUGGAUGCAAAUUACAUAAGGUUUAAAACUCAAGUCAACGGAAGACAAAACUAAAACUUACCACAUAGCAAUUUUUAUCGUCAAAUGACCAAAGGGAGUCUUAAGUUAUAAACUAAAUUAGCAAAAAAAAAGUUAUAAACUACUCAUAAUGUUUAAACAUAUUUUUGUUUUUGUUUCAAACAAACAAAAACUUGCAGACUUCGGCUACUGAAUCUGAUGAUGAUUAUCACACGAAUCACUGAGAUUUAUAUUGUCUUAAUUUUUGUAUAGUUUCUUCUUUCUAGUUUUUUUUUUUGAUAAUCUCAUAAUCAUCUUCUAAAUAAUUUAAUGGCUAACUAGAUUUUCACAUGCAUUAUACAUAUGCGCAAUUAUUUUUUCUACAAAAGGUAAUUUAAUAAAAAAAUAUUUAGUUUUAAUUAUUAUUUAUAUUUGUAUGCUGUUUGGAGUUUUUUUGGUGAUAAAAUAUUCAUUUUUGGUUAAAUUAAAAUUUUUAGAUUUUAAAACUAUAAUGCACUUAAUUUUUUGGAUUUGCUAAUUUAUUAUAAUACUUAGUUGUUAAAAUUUAAAUAAAAUGGAUUGUUGAAAAUGAUAUUUUACCUAUUUGAUAUUGUAAUUAUUACAUAACUUUUUAACUAAAACUAAAUAAAUAUUUUUGAUAGUUGUUUUACUAAACAUAUGAAUUUAAUUAGUUUUCUAAACAACAAGAAUGAAAAAAUUAUUAGAUAUUUGAUCGUAAAAUAUAAAGUAAUAUUUUUAUAUAUAUAUAUAUAUAAAUUAAAAAUAUCAAUUAGCAGUGGAAUAAUUUUAUGUGUAAUGGUGCAUUAUAUUUAAAAUAGUUUAAUUUGUAAUUACGAUCAAAAUUUUACUAAUAAAAGCUAUAGUCAUAACUAAAAAAAAAUCAAUAGUAUUUCCAUAAUAUAAUAUGUAAAUGUAAUGUUUUCUCAUAUAAUGAUAUUCUGUUUUAUUAAGAUAGAAAUGUAGUUGGAGAUUAAUUCAUAAAUAACUACAGUAUAUAGUUUGCUAUCUUUAGAAAAUUCAUUCAGUUAUGGUACAAAUGUAACCAUAACGAUGAACAAAUAUAUAAUACAGUCCAUUUUUGUAUGAUACUGUAUUUUUAUUUUAUUUAUAAAAUAUUUCUAUUCGCAGCUAGAAAUGAUUUCAAUACCCACAACUGAUAUAUAUCUAUAUAUAUGUAUUAUAAUUCGCAAGGUAUAUACUUCAAACUUUCAAAUGUUUUUUUCUUUUGUUAACUGGUUAAUAUCAUAAAAUGAAAAGUUUAGGGUAUACACGAUAGCCUAUUUAUGUGUUUCCUUGGUAAAAAAGAAAUAAAAAACAAGGAAAACAUAAAAAAAGAAUUACAUUUUGAUUCAUAGAAUCCAAAGUGACAUAAGAAGAGCGGAGUUCCGCUUAUGCCGUCUUGCAGAGAUUAUGUUCCGAACGUCCCUGUCAAUGGCUUUGAAAGUGGUACGAGCAGCAUUAACGCAAAGGAGGAGAGGGUGGGUUCUAAUUUUUUUUUUUAAUUAUUUUUUUUGUUUUGUCCGAUUUUUUUUAUAAAAAAAAAUUAAAAAUAGACUAAUUUCGGACCGACACGUGUCAGUGGGAAUCUGCAAAACAGUUAAAAAGUUUUACCAGACUCGCCUUUUGCAGAAGAGGAAGAAGAGGUGGGUUUUCUGAUUUUUGUGGGCCCUCCACCUCUUAUAACUCCUUAAGAGUCAGCGAUAAUGCUGCUCUAAGAGGCGGAGCAAGGGAGGUGUUGUGCAGAGCCGCAUUCCGUUGCUUCCAAAUGUUUAGCACACUGGAAUACAACUUUAAUUGUUUCACCUUCUUGUGUUAAGUUUUUAAAAGUUGCUAAAGAAGCGAAUGAGAUUAAAAAGAGCCGAAUGGAAAAAAAACAUGUCUUUACGAAACACUACACACACUAUGCACAUGCUAUCCUCUAUCUUCUCCCCCCCAACUUAGCCUUUCAUCACACUAUGUAUUUAGACGUUUCAAUUUUAAAAAUUCCUUAUUUUUGCUAUCUCCUUUUUGCUAUAGUUUUGUACUUUCACUAAAGUAUGAUCUCAAUGGUAAACUUCCGCACUAAGUUAUUAUUAUUAUUUAAAUGAAUGUGCAAUUCAUUCAAUCAAAAGCAUAUAUUACAUUAAGUGUACUUUUUAGAAUAUAUUUAAAGAAUAUAACAAACGAAAAUAACAAAAUAUAAAUGAUAUAUCUCUUUUGUUGCUUUAGGCUUUAGAUCUUGUUCUAACUUGAAGGCCUUCAUCGAGUGUGUAGUCGCUCAUUGCUCUAAUAAAAAAUACCCAUAUAAGUUGAACAAGUAUAUAUAUGUGUAAAAAAAGAAGUAUAAAUAUGUAUGUAUAUCCAUCAAGUUGAAUGGUUGUGGUCUUUAUCAACAUGCAAACGUGAUUCGAACAUGGGAAAGAGAGAAUAUGAUGGAUUGACCAAUUGAUCUUCAGUCUUUACAUUUUGUAGAUUCAUUGCUGGAAAUGAAUAAAGCAAUGGAAGAUACACAAGCAUAUGCUAUCUUCUCCUUUUUUCGUACAAAAGCAUAUGCAUAUGCAUAUAUAUAUAUAUAUAUAUAUAUAUAUAUAUAUAUUAUUUUUUUUGAAACUAUCAUAUGCAUAUAUUGGUUUCAUACAUUAGCAUAUGCAUAUAUUGGUCAGUGCAUGACUUCGGCAUUGUUAUUUUUUUCGACGUCGCUGUAUUAGCAGUAGAAAGUAGAAACUAAUUAAAAAUUAUUUGUUUUCUUAUUUUAGUUAUUAUUUCCGGAGUGUAUAAUGAAGAAACAACAACUAGUAAAUAAAAGAAUUCGAUAACAAAUUAAUGUUAGACGUAAACGUAUGUGAUCUAACUUACUUUCUAGUAUGUGAUCUAACUUAAUUACUUUCUAAUUAAUAUAUAUAUUUGGAUUAUAUAUCUUGUAUGCCCUAUGGUCAAUUUACAUAAUUGAUUUUUGUAUUUUAUUAGGUUUAAGCACUUCAUAUAUAAGCAUGGUUUGGCUGUCUCAGUUAAACAAAGAACUUUUCUACGUUUUGGUUUCCAGAGAGAUCUGAUGUUACAGUUUCUUAUAUGAAAGAUCAGAUAAAUGGAAAAGGGCCGCCAGAGAUUGAUUCCUAACCAUAUUACUUAACUCGAAAGAUUGAAUAAGUGGACUGUUAGUGACAUUAUUAUCAAUUAUUUUGUUGAGUAAUCACGCAUGUGCCCUAUCUUUGCUUUCUCAUUGAAGGACCAAUCCUUUUUGCAUCCCACUCUAUCUCUUUACCAUGAAUUUUCGGUUAGGCUGAUUUUAUAAUUGUCAUAAGUCCUAACCACCAAGUUCACUAAUUCAUUAGUCAUCCAUCACAUCUAUCCCUCAUAAAUAGUAAUGUUUUUGAUUUUUUCCCCAAUAAAAUAGUAAUGUCUAACUUUACUUUCUCACCAAAGUAUUGGAUAAAGUUUGGAAGAUAAUGGUAAGAAAACCUUUUUGCCAAAAUUAAGAAAACCCUAUGCGUAUAAAAUUUGUAAGAGAAAUUGAUGAUUUUCCUUCUCAACUUAGAGAAACACAUCAAUAUAAGAUAUCAACAAAGCCCAGAAUAGAAUAAUGAUCUAAUUUUAUUCUGUAAAUAAUUAAAGAAUAGGUAGUUCGUAAUACAUAAUAAUCUUUCAAUCAGUUCUGUCUUAUAAAUUAUUAAAUGGAUUAUCCGUAGCUCUCCUCGGAUGAUAAUGGUUAAUCAUAGCCUCAUUCAUUUUUAACAAAAGCGUAUAUUUUUACUGUUCAUGGAAAAUACAAAAUAAAGUAUAAAAGCAUCGUGACUCAAAAGUACCUACCAGAUUUUUCUGAAUUCAUGUAUAACUAUUCAACUAACUACAAGAUCUAACUAUCUAUGUUACUUAUAUUUUAGAACCAGGAAAACCAAUAUUGGUGGUAAAACCUGAUCGUUGGAAACAAAGAUGUCAUAAAGCGCACCACUUCAUCAGCUUAUCUGUCCUAUUACAAAACAAGUAUAUAUAGAUAUUCACAUCUUGUAUAUAGAUAAAGUUAAUGUAUAUUUUUGUGUAUAUAUGUAAGGUGAAACAAAUAAACAAGUAAGGUUAGUGGAAUUCAUCUUCCAAAAGUUACUAGAUUCCUGGGGUUACAUAAAGAUAAAAAUUGGGUCACUUUGUUGCAUCAUUCCAUAAAGCUACUUUAGAGUACAUGUUUUUCAGAUCUCUAGUCCAUUUAAUAAAUAUUUAAAUUUCAGUAGUUGAUCAAAAUCGUGUAUAGUAGUAAGUCGUUCCAAAAGAAAAGCAACAACCCAAACUUUAAAAAAAAAUCGUCAAAUGUUACUUUCAAUCGGUAAUUAUAUGAACAUGAAGAAGUUGGACUACAAAUUUACAAUCGUCAACUGAUCUGAUGCAUAGUUGAAGUUAUAGUUGUCAACGUUUAAUAUCAAACUGAUAGAUAUACUGCAAUAUCCCACACAGCUAAAUCAAUAUUAGAAGAUAAUUUAAUUUUUCUAAUUCUAUCAUUCAAGUAAAGAGCAUUGAAAACAUGGUGAAUAGUUUUAUAUAUGACUUGACAACAAAUCAUUUUAACACUUUAACAUUUUCUGGUAAACUUUUUUACUUGCACUAUAUAUUUCAUGAUUAGUAUUUCAAUACUGUACUAAAACAUUCAAACAAUCUUAUAUUAAUUAGAUAUAAUAUUUUUAGUUGAACUCCAAGUAUUUUUAAUCUUUGGAUAAAAGGGAUCUGCCACAUUUUUUAAAUAUGUAUUUUUAUUUGAAAAUUGAUCUGUUCUUUUUUUGUUAAAUUCGUUUAAUGUUAAAUUGAUUUUGAGAACUGCGUAAGUCAAAAUUUGAAAUCCAGCCUAAGCUAAAACUAAUGAGGAUGAUCAUACUGUCAUUUCAUGCGGAAUACAAUUGGACCAAUAGAAUAAAAUAAUUUUAAUUGUAUUUCGCUAAAUUCAAAAAGCACAAUAUAACAGUUUACAAAAAAAAAGUAAAAUAUAAACUAAUGUUAUCAAUAUCCUUCUUCUUAGUUCUCAUCGUGAUGGUGUGAAUUCUACUCUUUUACUUCCAUUUCUCGUUCAACCAACUCCCAAAUAUGGUAUCCUCCCAUUUAUAUUGCCAAAGGCAAAAACAUUUGUUAAGAUUAAAUACCCAUUAUAGUGGGCAAUUCAAUCUUUCCCACAUUUGCUUUUGUCUGAAGAAAGUGUCUACUUUUGGCCACUUUUUCAAAUUUAUUUUUAUUUUUGGACUGACAUAGUUGGCAAUGUGUUGGAAAGAGACAAUCUAAGAUGUCAUUUUCUUGCUUAGGUCCAACAAAUUCUGAUGAAACCCAUGUUGCCUAACGAAAAAUGUUUUUGACAAACACUCUAUUUUUACAGUAGACUCCCACAGAGUAAACAUAUUGUCAAGCCAUAAACAACAGCAUACUUAGAUUUGCUUAUACUUUGACAAGAGACUUAGAGAGAGAGAGAGAAAAGAGAGAAACGCGUGGGAGGAAAGCACCGACGUCCGGCGGCGCGUUUGCGCGCGUGCCGGCGCCGGUGGUUCCCUUAGUUGUCGAUCCUCGCUAGGUUACCCUCUGUGUGCGUCGAUCUGCUGUCCUAACCGAUAUAUUUUCGGAUCUGGAUUAGGGUUUUAUCGCCGGGAGAGAACCGUCUACGGAGGGUUUCAAACGGCGGUAAGCUCCCUUUCUCUGGAUUCGUGGUGAGGUAGGACGCGGCUCGUCGCGACAGCUUGUUAGUUUUUUGGGUUGAAAUUAGGUUUCAUUCCGGGAGGCGGAGGCUUCGUUUAGUUCCGCCGUCGCCGUUCAAGUUUCCGGGGGGUGGAGGCUCUUUUCAGCUCUGCGUCGCCGGCAAAGCUUCCGGGAGGUAGAGGCUCUCACAGCUCUGCGUCGUCGGAUCUUGCUCCGAGGGGUGAAGGCGUCCUGUUCCUUGCCUCGUCGGCUCUGGUUUUUCUUCUUCUGCUUAAUUUUUAAUAUUAGUUUAUAGGGCCUUAGUGUUGGUCUUUUGGGCUUUGGUGAUGUUUGAGUUCCGUGGGUGUUUCUCUCGUUGGAGGUAGAGAGAAGCGACCGUAUCAAGUUGGUGAUGUUCGGUGAGCCGUGGUUGUUACUCUGGUGUGUGCUCGAACGGUGGUGGUGAUGAUCUCGCUCCGGCGAUUGAUCUCGCCGGUAAAGACUUAUCUAGAGUACAAGACGGCGGUGAUGAAGAGUGUUGGUAGGUCAUGGGAUCCGGUUUGUCACGGUGAGGCAUGUUCCUAUAGUGGCCGGUAAGAAGCGUCCGUUCUCCGGCGUAAGUGCUUACGGUGGUGGCGACGUUUGCGGGUUUGCUUCUCGAGGUAGGGCGAACCGCGCGUCGGGUGUUUGGGUUCGAGGGUUUGCUUGGGCCUAACCGGGUUGUUUUGUUUUAGUUGGGCUUUGUGGUUGGGCCUUUUGGUCUUUGUAAUUCUAUUUGGGCUGCGGACCUGUUUUCUAAUAUAAUUCAGUUGGAAAAAAAAAAAAAAACAUAUUGUCAAGCAGGUGUUCAAAAAAAAAAAACAUAUUGUCAAGCCUACUCCUGUCACUACAAUAUCUAAUAAAAAAAUGAGUACGUUAUUAUUACAAUGAAUCAGUAUAGUCACUUUUUAUUUGAGAAGACCCUAUGUCUAACAAAUAUAUAAAAUUAGGCAGGCAAAGUAAAGUAUACUUAUCUCUACAUUAUAACAUGUUAUUAUUUUCCUUACUUGGCCCCAUCUCAGUUCUUCACCUCUAUAUCUAUCCCCACAUUUCAUUGCAUUGAUUCUCUUACAAAACACCCUCUCUCCCCCUCCAUGUCUAAAAUGUUUAGCAGAAUUGCAAUGACCAACUAUGUUGUUGUGCUUCUUCUUUCCUUAACAUCCUUAGAACAUGGAUUAUUGUUUCAAAGGGUGUCCUCUCUUGGCAUAAACUACGGUCAAGUCGGCGACAAUCUUCCUCCACCAGACAAAGUUAUACAACUCUUGGGCUCACUCCAUAUCAACAAGACAAGAAUAUACGACACAAACCCUAAAGUCUUAAGCUCAUUCGCCAAUUCUAACAUCGAGCUCUUCGUCACUGUCGAAAACCAGAUGCUUCCCAGUUUAGUCGACCCUCAACAAGCUCUCCAAUGGGUCACGUCCCGCAUCAAACCCUUCUUUCCGGCCACUAAGAUCGGCGGUAUUGCUGUUGGAAACGAACUAUACACCGACGACGACUCGAGCCUCAUAGGGUAUCUUGUACCCGCAAUGACGAGCAUUCAUGCAGCUCUCGUCCAAACUGGUCUAGACAAGUACAUUCAAGUAUCUACUCCGAAUUCACUAUCAGUCCUUCAAGAAUCUUACCCUCCCUCCGCCGGAUGUUUCAGGCGGCAAGUCACCGGCGUAAUGACGCAGCUUCUAAGCUUCUUGCAUAGCACGAAAUCCCCUUUUUGGAUCAAUGCUUACCCUUACUUCGCUUACAAGGAUUCCCCAACAAAGAUCCCAUUAGAUUACGUUCUCUUCAACCCUAACCCUGGAAUGGUUGACCCCUACACCAAGUAUCACUACGACAACAUGCUCUAUGCUCAAGUAGACGCUGUGAUCUUCGCCAUGGCAAGGCUUGGCUUCAAAGAUAUCGAGGUUGGGGUCUCAGAGACUGGUUGGCCGUCUAAAGGUGACGGAGAUGAGGUUGGAGCCACCGUGGCCAAUGCGGCAGUUUAUAACAAGAAUCUUCUAAAGAGACAACUUCAGAGUGAAGGAACGCCACUGAGAAAAAACAUGGGACUUGAUGUUUAUCUUUUUGCUCUCUUUAAUGAAGACCUUAAACCAGGACCAACCUCUGAGAGAAACUAUGGAUUGUAUCAGCCUGAUGAGACCAUGGCUUACAAUGUAGGUUUAUUAUCAUCAUCACAAUCAUCUACUUCUUCAACUAAUUCUAUUGUUUCCCUCACUUCCUCUGCCUCUACGGAUAUAACGAGGGGAAUGCAACGGUUGAUAUAUUUUAUGUGCAUUUACAUGUUGGCCAUUCAUAUGCUAAUUAGAAGACGGUACUAGAAGCAGAAACAAUACCGAGAGAAAUUGUACGUGUAUAUAGAGAGUCCACUAUUGCGGUUCAUUUUUUCAACUAGAAGAAUUAUACUAUUUCCAAAGUGUCUCAGAUGAUUCUUUAAAGAAACAAAACAAUCAAAGAAUUUGUUCCGAGUGAUUAAAUUGAGAAGGGGAUGCAGUACUGCAAAGCAAUCCAGUGUAUAAAAGAAAGUGUAACAUGACAAUCAAAUAUAUUGUUUUAUAGACCCGCACAAAGAAAAAAAAGAUACCAUGUAUUUAUAAUUCACUUACUUCUGAAAACUG